UUGACUGACCAAAAUUCGCAAACGGUGUGUUUAGGGUUGUUAUUGAAAUAAUUUCGAAAAUAGUCACUAUUAUUUUAUUGCUAUGUUAUAGUCGUCUUUAAUUAAAUAUUUUUAUUACAUUAAAAUGAUUACGCUUAAUAGAAAAUUGAAGAAAGAGCAUACUGAGCCUAGUAACGGCAUUACCAAUGAACCUUCUCGGCGUAUAUCUGUGAGAGACAAAUUGCUGGUCAAGGAAGUUCAGGAGAUGAACGAGAAUCUUCCGGCUACGUGUAGUGUGAACUUUGAAGACCCAAAUGUGUUGUGCGAUUUUGUGUUGACUGUUGCGCCCGACGAAGGCUACUGGCAAGGUGGCAAGUUCAAAUUUAGUAUUUUCGUAACGGAGGACUAUAAUAUGGCUCCUCCUCGGGUAAAAUGUCUAACUAAGCUGUGGCAUCCGAACAUAAGCGUCGAGGGUGACAUUUGCCUAUCGUUGUUACGUCAGACUUCUAUUGACGAGCAUGGCUGGGCGCCCACACGAAGACUGAAAGAUGUUGUCUGGGGACUAAACUCACUAUUUACUGAUCUCUUAAACUUUGAAGACCCGCUCAACAUAGAAGCAUCGGAAAUGUACAAUAAGAACAAAUCAGAGUUCCAGUCUAAGGUUCAAGAGUAUAUAGCUCAAGGGAAAAGAUGAAAACCGGCCAAACGGCGCCGCUAAGCCAAGUUAGUCUCAUUACGUGAACAUGCGGUCACUGUGAAAA